AGCAGUUACUUACCUCACGUCGCAUGUCGUUCGAGCGUUAAGUGACUAUUUGAAUAUGAUCGUCGCGAUUUCUCUACUAUUCUCCAAUUUAACGAGAAUACUAUUCGAGAAUCAGUACGCUUUGUUCAACGUCAGCGCCAUAGCUGUGACCCUUCUGGAAACAUCCGUGUGCCCACUGGCUAUCGUGAAAUUGAUGUUGAUAGUCACCAGAAAUGGCGGGAUCGUCAACAGCCUCAAGUGCAUCGCUGGGCCGCGCUACUUGAAGUAUAGAUAUGUAUACAAUUUGAAACUGACGACCCAUGAUGACGCACGACGAGUUUCGUAUGUAACAGUUGUCUUGGAGGGGCAUGAUAGUGUUAACAAAUGUCAGUUAAGUUACUGUGGCCAGGAUUGCCAAAGAAUACCGCCGGCGCUAUGGAAUAUGUAUGGUGCUAAAGUUAAUUACCUAGAUUUAAGUUACAACAGUAUUGAAACGUUAAAAGGCCUGGAUAACUUCACGCGGCUGGAGGAGUUAAUUCUCGACAAUAAUAAACUGGGGGACAACGUCAGCUUCCCGUACCUGCCGUAUUUGCAGACACUCUCCUUGAAUAAUAAUCAGAUAGAAAAUCUAGAGAGCCUAGUGGGCAAGCUAAGCGAGGCCUACCCUUCGCUGUCCUACCUGAGUCUGCUUAGCAACAAGGCGUGCCCCAACCAGCUGUCAGACCUCGACAAGGACGAGUCGGACUAUCAGAGAUACAGAUACUUCGUAAUAUACAAAUUGAAGCAUCUCCGGUUCCUCGACUCGCGGCGCGUGUCGGAGCGCGAGCGCUCGGAGGCGCUGGCGCGCGGCGAGUUCAUGCGCGUGCGCCGCCCGCCCCGUGACGUCACCGCGUACACGCCCGGUGACGUCAUCGCGCGCCCGCUCCCGCUCGACCUGGCCUCGCUCGGGAAACAUAAAGGUGCGUACGGCAAAUGUCUCUAUAAAUAUACUGGGAAACACUCGGAGGGUAACAGGUUCAUUCUCAACAGUGACUUGUGACACAAGUGUGUGUUUUGUGCCGUGUGUGCGUUGAUCAAGAUGGCUGAAGCAUGCCGUCUCGCUCUAUCAUAUUUCUGUUUUUGUGUAAGAAAGAGACGCGACUAACAUUAACGUGAUUAUGUUAGUCUGAAACGCGGUCGCAACUUUUUAUUUUAUUUUUAUUAUAAAAUAAUAAGAGAAACGGCCACUAUAUCUUAUUUCAAUAUUGGUUAUGAAGAUAGAAAAUAUAUGUACAUAUAUUGCUGUGUUAUUGUAUAUUAUAUAUGCAUGUAUCAAUGUGAAAUAUAUUUUGUAAAAAAAACACCAAAAAAAGCACUUUUCAACCGACGUUCCCAAAACUAAGGAGGUUCUCAGAAAUUCGACUGAUGAUGAUAUUUUUUUCGUUUCUUACUCGACAACUCCGUGGGUUCUCAAACUAGGGUCGUUUUUUUGUGUAUGUAAGAAAACAGUGGUCAUGUGGACUUUAUUAUAUACUUCGAGUGAUAAUAGACUUCGAGUGAUCAUAUUAUUCUAACGUUAUGCCAAUCCGGAAUUGACCAGCGUGUGGCCAGAACCCUCAUUGGAGGCCUAGG